CUGCAUUUAGACUACGAACCCAAUUUGUAAAUACUGGAGCUUUGGGUGAUUUAACAUGACAAGAACCAAGAGCUAACUACUCUUCAUCUUUUAUACGGAUUUGAAAACUAGUUAGUUACCAACUCCACCAUUUUUCAACCCUUCCAUUGGGCCUUUUUUCAAACUCGUUCUCUGUCAUGCAAUAAUCUUCUAUCAAGUUCUUCUCUAUAAAUACCAUACCCCAUCACGGUGCUCAUUCAAUCCAGCUUGAAAACUCUUCUUCAACAACCCUUCUUUUGAUCUGUGCAAGUGAUCUUGAAAGGAGGGAACAACAAUGGUGAAGUCUAUAAACUUUCUCCUACUUCUGUCUCUACUAGCCUUUGCUCCCUUAUGUCACUGUAAAAAGAAAAUAGGAGGUUACCUCUACCCUCAAUUCUACGACGGUUCAUGCCCCAGAGCUCAAGAGAUUGUCCAAUCCAUCGUUGCCAAGGCAGUGGCAAAAGAACCCCGCAUGGCUGCUUCGUUGCUCAGACUACAUUUCCAUGAUUGUUUUGUCAAGGGCUGUGAUGCAUCGGUGCUGCUAGAUAGCAGUGGAACUAUUAUCAGUGAGAAGAGGUCAAAUCCCAACCGUGAUUCAGCCCGAGGAUUUGAAGUCAUUGAUGAAAUUAAAUCUGCACUAGAGAAGGAAUGCCCACAUACAGUGUCAUGUGCUGACAUUUUGGCUCUAGCUGCUAGAGAUUCAACUGUUCUUACGGGGGGACCAAGCUGGGGAGUACCUUUGGGCAGAAGGGACUCUCUUGGUGCGAGUAUUAGUGGCUCAAAUAACAACAUUCCUGCUCCCAACAACACAUUCCAGACCAUUUUAACUAAGUUCAAGCUUAAGGGGCUUGACAUUGUUGAUCUAGUUGCUCUAUCUGGGAGCCACACUAUAGGAAAUUCCCGAUGCACCAGCUUCAGGCAAAGACUAUACAACCAAACAGGCAAUGGAAAAGCAGACUUCACUCUUGAUCAAGUGUAUGCUGCUGAAUUGCGCACUAGGUGUCCAAGAUCUGGUGGGGACCAGAAUCUCUUUGUCCUAGACUUUGUUACCCCAAUUAAAUUUGACAACUUCUAUUACAAGAACUUGCUGGCUAACAAGGGUCUCUUAAGUUCUGACGAAAUUCUCUUGACAAAGAAUAAAGUAUCCGCGGAUUUAGUGAAGCAGUAUGCAGAAAACAACGAUAUUUUCUUUGAACAAUUUGCCAAGUCCAUGGUUAAGAUGGGAAACAUUACUCCUUUAACAGGGUCAAGGGGUGAGAUCAGAAAGAACUGCAGAAGAAUUAACAAGUGAUGAAGUGAUAUCAUUGUCAUGUUGCACGUGUGAUAGUUGCACCUACAGUUUACUUUUCUUUACUUUGUUUACCGCAUUAAAAAAAGGAGUGUCCAUUGAUCUAUUCUGUGGUGAGUUGAGCAAGUCAUUAGCAGUGUCGUGAUGUGCCUUGAAUAUCCUUUUGAUAGCGUUGUUGUGUGUUUAAUUAAAUUUAUGUAAUUGGAUGUUUCAAGGUCAGGCUUGAAAUUAGAAUUGAUUGUUCAAGUAGUUCGAAUUUAUGUAGGUAUUCAAGUUUAAAUAAAAUUUGUAUCACCUUUCAUGUUGAAUAAAAUAGAAUUCCAAUAAA